AGAUGGAAGCAAAUAGUUGCGUAUCACUACACGGGUUCUUCUAUCGCUAACGGGUGUCUACGGGAUAUUAUCGUCGAUACAAUAAAGCGAUCUGAAACACUUGGCCUUCGAGUACACGCAGCCAUUAGUGAUUGUGGUAGUAACAAUAAGCGAUUGUGGAAUGAUUUGCAUAUCCAACAUAGUGAACAUCAAGUAUUGUUCAAUAGACCGAUUAUUCACCCUUGCGAUAAAAGCCGAACGCUUGAAGUAAUUCCCGACUGUGUACAUGUUUUCAAGAAUUGUGUUCAAGGCUCGCUUAAAAACCAAAUCAUAGUCCUUCCUCUAGAUACAAUAAAGCAAUAUAGUUUAUGCUCGACCACAGCCAACAUGAUGCACAUUCGUGAUCUAGUGCUAUAUGAGGCAUCUAGUGGUCUUAAAAUGGCAACAGGACUCACGACUUCAGAUGUUGAUUUUAGUAGAUUGCAAAAUAACUUCGAUAAAAUGAAGGUUGGAAAUAGUACAAAAUAUUUCAACCAUCAAGUCGCUGCCGCAUUGAAAGUUUAUAGCAUCCAAAUGAAUCGACCGGAGGUUCUUACUACCGCUUUUUUCAUCGAGAACGUUGCAGAGUGGUUUAAGAUCGUUACAUCGCGUAACCUACAGACAGCACUUAGUCGGAAAAGUCCAGCGGACUAUGAUAGAACAGUUCAAUUUCUCAACACAUUUCGUUGUUUCAUCUUUCGCUGUAAAGUCGGCGAAAAAGCUUACUGGAAACCUUGGCAAGCGGCAAUGAUCAUGGCGACAGACUCACUACUUCGUUUGCAACGUUAUUUUCUAGAUAGAGGAUAUGACUUCGUACUCUUGGCAAGAUUUACACAAGAUUGCGUUGAAAAUAUAUUUUCUCAGUUGCGUGCCAAAUGUAAAACGCCUAGGGCUUUACAAGUGAAGGAUAAUCUUAAACUAAUAACGAUCGGUCAAAUUAUGGAGGAAGUAGCGAAUUCUUCCUAUUCAUAUGAUCCAAAAGAGUGGCUCGUAAGUUUUUCGGACAAACUCAAUACUGCUAGGACAACCGUACCAGAAAGCACAAUACCUACCGUUCACAUCGGAAACUAUUGGAAUGCAACAAACAAUAUCGGCACAUUUCAAGCCAGCGAAGAAAACAGCAUAUAUUACGUCGCAGGAGUUGUCCUUCGUAGUCUCCUAAACAGAGGAACCAUAUGUGAUCAGUGCAUUAAAAGUUGCACUGAUGGCAAUCGAAAUACAGGUGAUCUAGCACUUUUAACAUCAUUCCGGGAUUAUAAUGGCAACGCUUUGAUUUACAUUAAUUUAGAGACAUAUGUGUUUUUUUCUGCUCUUGAAAAAAUAUUCGCUCAAAAUAUUGUUUUUUUGCAAACGAUUAAAUACGAUGUCAACACAUUUCUUUACAAUUUGAUGAUUAAAGUUGAAGCUAAGCAUUUUGCGUCUUGUCAUAAUAUUAAAGAUAAGAUAGUUAACCGCUUCAUAAUUUUUAGAUUGCGGUCUAGUUCCACUAAACCAGCACGUGAAAAGCGCUACGAUAGUAAAUCAAUGUUUUGAACAAGAAUAAUUAAAGCGUAAAUAAUAGCAGCUAUUGAACACAAUGGAAUAAAAAAAUCUGCUUUUUCUAAGAUACACUGAGUUUUCGUUUGGCGACUAUUUAUAAAUAAAAAUAAAGAGAUAACAUUACUGCCCAAAAAUAUUGCACCCGUGCAGUUAAAUAAUGAUCGGCUGGCUCAAAAUUUUGACAGUUAGCUGGCUCAAGAUGGCGUCUUCGCAUA